CUUUGCUCAGCUGCAGUUGUACUGUAUCAGACAUGGCGCAGUAUAGGCUGCUGUCCAUUGUCUCGUUCUUUUGUCUGCUGUAUUCUGGUGCACUUCAAACAGAAGAUUGCAGUGGUUCGACUGAACUGCCUACCCUAGUUACAGAGCAAGAUAUACGGUAUCAGGAGAUUGAGGGAGACUGCAGUCACACGUGUGGCGGACAAGGUUCACAGGUCAUAUCUUACUGGUGCAUUCAGACAAACGAGGACGGCACAUCCGAGGUAGUGGAUGAUAAUCUCUGUGCAGGUCAAGUCAAACCUCCUGCAAGACGUAAACCAUGCAACAGGGUUGCUUGCCCUCCCAGGUGGGUAGAGGGUGCGGCGAGUUCAGCACCGACUAGGUGGUGCUAUGAAUUCUUGGGAGAUUGCUCUAGCAAGUGUGGCCCUGGAGAACAGACGCGUACCGUUAUCUGUAUCAAAGGGACAUUGACACGUGGAGGGAAACUUUCGAGGCGAGUUCCACUUAAACAGUGUGAAGACAGACUGCCAAGCUUAAUCACUACUCAACCAUGUGACCCACCCAACAUAUGUCGUUAUAACAUCACUAUGUGGAGUACCUGCUCUGCAACAUGUGACGUGGGUACUGAAAUACGCACAGUCUCGUGUUUCAAAGAGAAGCAGGCUAAUGGACAAACUCAAAUUGAAGUUGUUUCUCUUGAUGAUUGUGCUAGGGAUCCCACACUUAGUGAGCCUAUCACUGAAAGAACAUGCUAUCGACCAUGUCCAUGCGAAAUACCGAGAUGGGUAGUCGGAAGAUACUCUGAAUGUUCAGUUUCUUGUGGAGGUGGAUACGAUCAAACAAGGUCUGUGUAUUGCAUAUGCACACUUCGUGGGAGAGCACAAGUGACUUCUGACAGCGAUUGUGCUGGACAAGACAGGCCAGCUGACAGAAGACCUUGCGGGCAGGCUGUAUGCCCAUGUGUUGGUCACCACUGGGUGAAAGGCUCUUAUGGAGAUUGUUCACUAACAUGUGGUGACGUCCAACAGAUUGGAACGAGAGAGAGGAAGGUUGAAUGUGUUUGCUAUCUUAACGCAGAAAGAACAGUGGCUAAUGGAACAAGAUGUGACCAACGCUCCAAGCCUCUCACAAAAAUAGACUGUUCUCCUCCAGUGUGUCCGUGUCCAGAUCCUGUUUGGGUUACCGGUCCAUAUGAUAAGUGUUCAAAGCCAUGCAAUGGAAUACAGACUCGUGUUGUCAGGUGUCAAUGCAGCCAUGACAACCGUACACUAGAUGAUGGUGUCUGUAUAAGAAGAGUUGUAGAUCCAAAGCCACCAGUUGCUCAACGUUGCAAUGACGACUGUGUUUGCAGAAACUAUGGCUACAGCCUCAGUGACUGGUCUUAUUGCAGUGUGAGGUGUGGGGAAGGUGUACAAUCAAGAAAUGUUGAAUGUCACUGUGAAAGAAAUAAUGUAUAUGAAGAGGUCCAGGAUAAGACUUUGUGUGAAGACCAAACUGGGAGAAAAUACCCUGAUGAGGAACGAACGUGUUACAUUCCGUGCCCUUGAAAUUACCAGUAUGUUGUUGGCGAAUGGUCAGGCUGUGAUCCAGAUUCUUGUAUUGGCUACCAGAACCGAACUGUCAGUUGUGAGUGUGAUGGUUAUACUGCUGAUAUCCGUUAUUGUGAUUACCAAUAUAUCAAAAGGCCGGAUAAAUAUAGAAACUGCAAUGACUGCCCCUACACAUGGGUCCCAAGGACAUGGUUACGGGUAAGGCAUGAUGACAUAUGCAUACAAUGUACAUAAGCAGACAUAGAUAAUGACUGGUGUGGUUACUUCUACAGUGUCAGGCAGACCGUACACGUUCUCGUAGUAUAACCUGUUACAAUUAUGAAACUGGACAACGAGUACCAAAGAGUUACUGCCAGGCUCAUGAUCCCAAGAAAUCAACACAACAAGAGAAAUGUGACUAUGUAGGACCUGAAAAAGGCCUUUGGG